AUGGCUGAGCUACCGCGUCCACCCUCCCGGCUCCCUCUCCUAACCAACCUCAUGUGCCUCUUCCUGCUGGCCGCCGCGACGCCGCUCGCGCUCGGCCGCGCGGCGCCCGCUGCCGUCUCGAUACACGAGCUGCUGCGGGAGCACGGCCUGCCCGGCGGGCUGCUCCCGCGCGGCGUCGUGUCCUACACCCUCGACGAGACCACCGGGCUGCUCGAGGCGCGGCUCUCCUCCUCCUGCUACGUCAAGUACGACGACGGCGAGAAGGCCUACUUCGACACCGUGGUGCGCGGCAACCUCAGCCGCGGCGCGCUCCGCGGCUGCGAGGGCCUGGCGCAGCAGGAGCUCUUCGUCUGGCUCCCCGUCAAGGGCAUCCUCUCCGACCCGGACUCCGGCGUCAUCAUGUUCGACAUCGGCUACGCCACCAAGACGCUCUCCAAGUCCGUCUUCGAGGACCCGCCCGAGUGCCAGCCCAAACUAGGCGCCGCCGCCGCCGCCGCCGACGCCGCCAGGCGGAGGGAUAGGCGAGAUUUCCCCGGCCUGACGUGGAGGCGAGAGGCAGAAGGAGGAGGAGAUGAAGGGCACCACCAUGACCUCCACCAUGACUCGAGGUGAUGAGGACCGUGUGGGAGGAUGAGAGCGAGAGAGACAAGAAGACAGUUUUCCCCCUUGUGCAAAACCAGAUCCUGAAUGUGAAGAGUGCUGCAACAACUGCUACCGCCUGCAGAGUUUGAAAGAACUUAGUAGUAUCUACCUUAAGGAAGAUUGUGGGUGUACUUUUUGCACUUUUUUUUUGUUUUGCUUCUUUUUUGACCUCCUCGUUCCCUCUCUCUCUCACCAGUCCGUGCAUGCACCUGUGUGAUAUUAAGUUUGUCAGCUCUGUGUUACAAGCAAAAAAAGAACAAGAAAAAGGCUGGCCUGGAUGGAACCCAA